CAUAUAGACUAAAAAAGUAAUAAAGGAGGGAAGCAAAUACAUGCAGGAAUGUGUUUUUGGGAAGCGGACUGGAAAAGGCAGCUGGAGUUACACCUCCCGAGCCCAUUCACCCCCCUGGACGGCGCAGGGCUCAGCCCCAGAAGGUUUUGGGAGCCGAGGCGGAGUUUCUGCGGGAAUCCCGGAGCAGCCCCAGCAGCUCCAGCGCUGCUUUUGCCGUCGCGUUUUGCCGGACACCUCCCGCCGCCCCAGCCCCGCACCCAGCCCGGCUCGGGCAGCUCUCCGAGCGUGCCCCGGUGCCAGCAGCAGCUGCUGGCGCUGAUUCCGCCGCGGUGGGGAGGGAUGGCAGCCCCAGAUAAAGGCAGCGGCCGUGGGCAGGCACAGAGCCGCUAUCGCGGGGCUCAGCCGCCCGCGGGAGGAGCCGCUGCCCCUCGGCUCUUGGGGCAAAACGGGGCAGAAAAUGCGGGUGCAGAGGGGCAGGGCUGAGCCUGGUGCCCGGGCAGGGGGUACAGAUGUCUCCUGCUCCCUCCUCAAGCAGAAAAGAGCCUGGCUCCAGGGUUCAGCCUGCGAGCAUCGCACCGAGCCGAAGCCGCAGCUCUUGGUUCUGGGAGCCGCUCCCUGCGGGGGCUCGGCAUCCCUGCGGGUCCUUGACAAACUCUUCGCUCCGCCAAACUCUUCACUUCGCCAAUCUCCCUGCCCCGUGCCAAGGUCCCUGCCCUAAGCUAACACAGGAGAAUUCCCCAGAACUGAACGGUGGUUUUGUUUUUUCCUGUUAACAGGUUCCUUUUGCCUUAUGCAGCCGCCAUCCCCAUCCAGGCCAGCGAGCUGUGGAAGUGCAGCCAAGGUACCUCCAUGGAAUUUGUCACCGUGCUCACAAGGAAGUGUUCUAAAGGAAUACGUUAUCCAAGGCGCUGGAGUCCUCCCUUAGGAAAACUCUGCGUCUCCUCGCAAAUGCCUUUGUUACAUCUGCUUGGAGCUUCAAUUGUGUUGGAAAGGAAAAUAAAGUGGAAAUUAAAACAAACAAACGACAAACCAAAAAAACUAAAGUAAAAGAGAUAAGUUUGAGCUUCUCAGCGGAAACAUCGCUGUUUCCUGGAUAGCAAAGGGAAGCAGGAAGGUGCGGGUCGCUGCUGCCGGCUGCCCUUUCCUCGGGCUGCGAGGACACAUUCCCCUUCCUGCCCUUUUCGGUUCGGGUCUUUUCUAUUCCUUCGGGACUUGGCAGCUUUGGAGGACGGAGAUGUUUCCUGGAAGGUGCGGAAUAAGGCGGAGAAGGAGCGGCUGAGCGGGAUGAGGGGGAUGCGCGGCGUGCCUGGCACCGCGUGCUCCACACCCAGCCCCGCUCCCCUCCUGAAAACACUCACGGCUUUCGUCAGAGCCUUCCCGGAGCUCUGCUGAGCUCAGCCCAGCUCAGCCCAGCCCAGCCGGCCGGGAGGGGCGGGCGGGGGCUCCCUAGAGCGCUGCCCGGGUAGUGCCGGGGACCCGCGAUGGGCUCCGGCCGCUGCUCGCUCCUGCUGGUGCUGCUGGUGCUGCUGGUGCUGCCCGGGGCGAGGGGGGACUGCGGGCCGCUGCCGAAUAUCAGCCACGCCGAGCCUCGCGGGGACCUCAAACAGCAGCAGAGCUUCAGUGUGGGCUCCACAGUGACCUUCGGCUGUGUCCCGGGUUACACCAAGCGCCCCCUCCUCUCCGACACCAUCCGGUGCCUGCAGAACUCCCGCUGGUCCAGCCUGCCCGACUUCUGCGGCCGCAGCUGUCCCAGACCUCCAUCUGUGCUAUUUGCUGCCCUAUCACCAGAAGACCAAAGGCAGAAUUUUUAUGCUGUUAAUACCACGGUGAGGUACAUUUGUCGCCAAGGUUUUGAGAACACCACAGACCAGCCCCCCACCAGCACCUGUUUGGACGACUUAACGUGGACAGAAGUUCCUACACUGUGUCAGAGGAAAUCUUGUGGUAUUCCAGCCAAACCAGAGCACGGCCAAGUGUUCCUCAUAAAAGAUCAUCUGCUGGGAGCAACAGCCAAGGUGGUUUGUGACCGUGGGUACAGAUUAAAGGGAGCAUCACCUUCCAUCAGGUGUCUCCUGCAGGGUGACAAAGCUGUCUGGAGUCCUCUUCCAGUUUGUCAAGCUCUUUCCUGUCCCCCUCCUCCAGCCAUUCCCCGGGGGCAGCACAGCGCGAACAGCUCGGGGCAGUUCGCGCUGGGCUCCGUCACACGCUACAGCUGCGAGGCGGGGCUGGAGCUGGUGGGCGAGGCCACCCUGCGCUGCGGGGACAAUGGCACCUGGAGCGGGGCCCCUCCCGCCUGCCGAGUUAAAACGACAGCAGAGACAAACCAAACCAAACCCUCAGAAGAGAAUCCUUAUUGGUUGGCAAGCAUCCUCAUUCCGAGUUGCAUUGUUCCCCCAGUAGCCCUUGGAAUUCUAGCUGGGAUCAUCAUGAGGCGGAAAGAGAGUGAAAAGCACUCUUAUAACGUGAAUUUACAAAAGCACGAGGUGAAGGGGAGGGAUGCAGCAAUGCACCCAGAGGUUACGGAUGAGAAGAAGCAACCCAAACCCUGGAAUUCCUAUUUUUGCCACACAGGGAACUGCCACGUGUGUCCCAGCUGUGAGGAGCAGCUCCACGGUGACCUGGCCCCUCUGUCAGAGCCCACACAGCGCGGCUGCAGCGCCUGCCAGGAGUGGCUGAGCUCCCAAAAACGCCGCACCCACUCGGUGCCCAGCAUCGGUGACGCUGGGGACAGCCAGAGCCCAGCGGGCAGCAGCUCUCCUGCCAAAGCUGUGGAUGUGCUGAGGGGAAAUGGCACAGCAGAAGCUGCUCCGUGGUGGAGCGAGGCAGAGCAGCCCAGGCACCACCAAAGUGACCACAUCUGUCCCAUCUGUGAGAGCUGGCUCCGUGCCCACACUGGCCAGGGUGGCAGCAGUGCUGUGACAGCAGGGCAGUGGCAGGACCAGGGCCUGCAGGGCCCCAUCUGCCCUCCCUGCACGGACCGGCAGCUCCUGGCCCUCGUCCAGGGGGGCACGGCCAGCAGCCCCGUGUGUCCCCUGGCCGGGGAGGGGCCCCCAGCCCACCUGGUGCCCCCGCAGAGCCCCGGCUGCCACGCCUGCCCCGUGUGCUCGGUGCCCACCCACGCUCACCUGUGCCAGCCCAGCGCCUGGCACCCCAUGGAUAAACCCGGGAGCUGAGGAGGGUCUGACGCCGACCCCUGUCAGGAAUUGUGCUCUUGGUGCAAUAAAUCCACCUGAAGCCAAGGCUCUGACUUCACCUGAGCUGGCAAAGAAGCUGAAAAACCAGACAUACUUCAAAUCCACCUCUGUUGUUGAUUUAAUGCCUACUUUCUUGUUUAUUUUUGUGUGGACAAAGUAUUUUCACAGCUCUUAAAGGGAGACUUUAAAAAGUCAGUAAACGUUUCUUUGCACCAGGAAAAUAAUUUCCUCUUUGCACAAUCUUAUAAGAUUUAUUGGUAUUUCUUAGACUACUUUUUUUAAACCGAGGUUCUUUCCUAGUGUUCAGAUACAAGUGCAAAAUUCACAGUAUUUAUAAUAAAAC